GUGUCAUCUUGUGUGAUUCAAACUCCUUUGAGGGGUAUCAUUUGGUAUCGUCCACACUCCCUAGUGAAGCUACUGCUUAAAAUAUUUGUGAACCUUUGAAUCUUGUAUUUAAUACUGAAAUUAAAGAUGGUCCUAAAACCACUCUGAAACAAUUAAAGAGUGUCUGACAAAACCAAUUAAUUUUUAAUGUUACAGCUGCAUUUGCUUACUUUGAUGAUUCACUAAUUGAAAGCUGAAGCCAAUGCCUAUGAAAAUGUAUUAAUUAGUUUCGGAUUCAGAAGAAAAAAUAAAAAGUUCAUGUCAUUUUUAGGCAAUGUGGACAGUGAUCAAGAAGUAGGGUCUUGCACCAAUUAAUACCCCAGAGAAUAGGUUAUUUAUGUUUGGUAAAAAAAAAUAGCAAUUUAUCUUCAUCUUAACGUGCACCUCUUUUUUCAACCGAGAUGUUUCAUUGCGUUGUUUGGUGACAGUUGGCGUAUCUUAAGCUGAUGUGCAAUAUCAAGUUUUUUAAAGGGAAUGGUUGUUCUGUUGAAUGAUGAUAUCUUGCAGCCUUCUAAAACACUGGGAUAAAUGUAAUCAAGUAAAUAUCACAUGCAUUUUGGUAACCACGUAGAUGUCCUACGAAGUUAGGACUACUGCUUAAUAAAUUAAUUCAAUAUGAUGAUUUAUUUUAUUUACAGAAACUUCAAAUAAGUGAAACAAGUAAAAGGGAUAUUUGACCAUAGACACGCUAGAAUCAGUCAAGAGAUAUUUUUUCUACCGAAUUCUCAGAAGGAUCAAUUAAAGAUACAGUUUACUUUUUAGUCAUUGAAUUGGGUGUUUUCAACCAUAGAAACCUAAAGGACUCAUCAAGUGAUAUCUACUUUUGAAUAAUUAAAUUAAGCGUUGUUUGGUUAAGGUAACGUUAUGGAUCAAUCGAAUGACAUCAACUUGCUUCUCAUCGGCAAAACGGGCCAUGGGAAGAGUUCAACAGGAAAUACGAUCCUCGGUCGUAAGGUUUUUGAAGCGUCUAGCAGUACAACGUCGGUGACCAAAUGGAUAGACUGUGAUGUCAGCUUAGUUUUCGGUCGUGUUAUCAAGGUGGUUGAUUCACCAGGUAUAGCAGACACUGAAUCCAAAAACGAUAAAGGAGUCAAACUCGAACUCGUCACGAACGCCAUGGAAAAAGCAAUAGCCAUCAACCCAGAAGGUUAUCACGCAUUUCUUCUGGUAUUUAAGUACGGUCAACGGUUUACUGAAGAGGAGCAGGACACAAUCAAGUUCCUGAUGGCGAUUUUCGGGGACGAUUUUGUUAAGGAAUUCUGUGUGAUCGUGAUGACUGCAGGGGACAUGUUUGACAGUGAGGACACCGGUCUUACUUUUCAAAACUGGUGCAAGACACAGACUGGGCCCUUUCAAGACGUUCUGCGACAGUGUAGAAACAGAAUUGUGCUAUUUAACAAUGCCACCAAGGAUAAAGACACCAAAGAGAGGCAGGUGGAAAGGCUUAUCUCCAUAGUGGACGAGAUAAGGGCGAAGGGGAACCGGUAUGCGGACGAGAACUUUGAGAGGGCCAGAGAUUUUCGAAAACGGUACAUGGAGCAGGCCAGUGCCUCAAUAGUUCGAGACGAUGCCAUGAGAGAAACUGGUCUGAUCAUACAACAACUCGAAGAACUUAAAUUGUCUCUCGUCAUAGAUCACGAUGUAAAGGAUUUAAAGGCACUUCUAGCUCGAACAGAAGCCUUACACGAUGUCCUUUGUCUAAAAGAUAAAGCCACUGGGGUGCUCCUCGAUCACAUCAAGAUGGUCAAAUCCAUUGUGGAGACCAUAUCGUCUAUUAUUAAAUACACCACUACUGUAAAUAUAGAGAGAGAUAAGCAGCUAGGGAGAGAGAAGCAUCCUGGCACAAGAAGAAAUCGACAGAUGGAGAGAAUUGAGAGAGAUUUAAAGAAAUUUAUUAAUGAAAAACAGCUCAAACUGAGAAGUAAAGUAGAGAAAGUGACGAAGCGGUACAGAGAAGUGAAGCAGAGAAAUGUCAAGACCAUUUUGAGCAAUGUUAUCAACGGAGUAGUUUGGCCGUUUCUACAACUUGCUCGGGCUUUUCUCAUAAAGACCCCAGCUCUGACAGAAUGAACUCAGUCUUGAAAGACAAUAAUCAGAGCGUAGGAUAUAUUUCUAGAGACGCUUAGCAAGAUUUAUGCAUACCUUUUUUAAAGCAUUGUGCUGGUCAUCUCAAAAAAAAAUAUUAACUACAUUUUAAACCUCAAGCGUAAUUGAAAUAAUAAAAUCAGUUUGUACUGUUUCUAUUGAAGAUUUGAAGCUUUCCAACAAAUUUUUUAAACUAAAUCUGGUAUCUCCUUUUCUAUACAAGUAGUUGUUUUAGGAAACCAGAGAUGCCCGUAUGCUAAUAAUGGCACAGGAGCAAUUUAUACAAAUACUCAGACAUAUGCUGCAGCUUAAAAGUUUAUGAUGGUUUCAAAACUUAGACACAAAAAAAAAUAUAAAGAAUCUAUACAAAUAAAAUACAAGUGG